GGCCACCUGCGCUGCCUCUUCUCCUCCUCCUCAUCCCCGCAAUCCUGCAGCAGCUCGCUACUCCCAACCGACCUGGAUUAGCCUCUCGCACUCACGAAUUUGAGUCGAAAUUGGACUUGGAUUUCACUUGAAUCCUGCUCGAAUUGUAAAUUGGAGUUGAGAGGAAGUCGAGGGAUUGGGCAGAGACGCGACCAGGUUGGGAAUUGGUGAGGAGAGUGGGAGCGGAGGCGGCCUCAAUGGCCGCCAUAGCCAACUUGCCUUCGCUUACGCCGGGAGGUUUAGUGCAGGAGAGUGCCGUCGUCGGAGGGAAGAAGAAGACAUGGACGCGGACUGACUUUGCAGUUGCUGCUGCUGCGGCCUCGUCCUUGUCGUCGUCGUUGUCUGCGUCGCUUAAGUGGAGAGGUAGGCGUAAUUACGGCAGCGGGAAUAGUUCUCUUCAAGGCGACCGCGCGGUUCCGUUCAUGAUUCAGGAGCUGGCGUGUGUUUGUAACCGCGAUCGGAAGCUGUUGCAGUUGGUGUGCAACGCUGCGGACAAGGGCUCUGAAAUUUCCGGUUCUCAGGUGCAUGGCGAAGCGCAGAGAACAGAGGAGCAACCUUACGGCAUUCCCGACAAAGAGGUUCCGAAACGUUGGGACGUAGUUGGGUUAGGCCAAGCCAUGGUGGACUUCUCAGGGACUGUAGGAGAUGAUUUCCUGGAAGAAUUAGGGUUAGUCAAAGGCACUCGAAAGGUAGUUGGCCAUGAAGAAAGAGGGAAAGUGCUGCGCGCUCUUGAUGGCCGCCAUUACAAGCUCUCUGCAGGAGGAUCCCUUUCCAACACUCUGGUUGCAUUGGCCAGGUUGGGUUUCGGUAGCAGUCAGAAUUCUGCCCAAAACGUCGCGAUGACCGGCAGUGUUGGCAGUGAUGCUCUGGGCGACUUUUACAGAACGAAGUUGUUGCGGGCAAAUGUGCAUUUUUUGUCUCAGCCUGUUGUAGAAGGCACAACAGGCACUGUUAUUGUGCUGACCACGCCCGAUGCGCAGCGGACUAUGCUUUCUUACCAGGGGAUGUCCUCUAUUGUAAAUUUUGAUUCAGCUCUUGCGAAUGCCAUUUCAAAAUCCCGAGUGUUGGUAGUUGAAGGGUACUUGUGGGAAAUCAAUCAGACCAUCGAGGCUAUUGCUCAGGCCUGUGAAGCUGCGCGUCAACAAGGAGUAUUAGUAGCAUUAACUGCUAGUGACGUCUCCUGUGUAACUCGUCACCGACAGCAAUUUUGGGAUGUUAUGUGCCAGAGCACGGAUAUAUUGUUUGCUAACGCUGACGAGGCUCGAGCUCUCUGUGCUUUUGGGGACGAUUCCACUCCGGAACAAGCUACCAAGCAUCUUAAUCAGUUCUGUCCACUAGUUUCUGUCACUGAUGGACCCCGUGGUUCGUAUAUUGGGUUGAGGGGAGAAGUGGUUUUUAUUCCACCCGCACCGUGUGUCCCAGUAGACACUUGUGGUGCUGGAGAUGCUUAUGCUGCAGGUGUGCUGUAUGGAUUGCUUCGAGGAGUUCCUGAUGUGAAGGGGAUGGGUGAUCUGGCAGCUCGUGUUGCUGCUGUUGUGGUGGGUCAGCAGGGAACACGACUGAAAGAAGAAGCUGCUCUGGAACUUGCCGAAUCUGUGAACAGCCUUUCGGAUCUUUUAGAUAAUCGGAUUAUGGAGCUUAUGGGAAUGAAAGACGAAGUGGUCAGUGAAAGAAUUUCGAGCGUAUGAGUGGAAGUUCAAUAAGGCGAUGUAUCUGUCUGAAGACAUACUGCUGCGGCCCUCACCGCCACGUCUUUAACACUAUUGCACUCCUGACUUUCCGAAUUCUGGUGCAGAUUAGUUUGGGAUGUGUGUCAACCUUGAGAGCAGCUAGACUGAAAAAUUACUGGAAUGUGGAUAUCUGAGCCUCAAGAUCUUGGUGGAAAUUACCGCCAAAGUGGAGGCAUCACAGUCCAAGUCCAUUCAAAUUGUGGAGCUUUAAGAGAGGAGACGUAGGGGGGAAUUGAACUUCACCUGUUGGCUAUGGCUCUGGGCUUCGAUGACGGGCGGCGAUGCGCUUGAAAGUUCACAUUAAGAUAGAACUUAAAUCACAUUCUUUCUACAUCCAUUUAUGAAUCCUCGGGGUCACCAAGACACGCACUGAUAUGUGUGCUGUGGUCUACAAUCACAAUGCUCAUCUAUAUAAAUUCCAUGUCUUUGAACCGGACCCUGCCUGA